GUAGCUUGAGAUCGUAUUGUUUUCUAUAUUUGAAUUAAUCUCGAAUCAGAGCUCCAGUAAGAUGGAUUUGUUGGCAGAAACGUCAGUCUAUAAUGUGAUUAUCCUGGGAAAUUCCAAGGUGGGUAAAACGUCCAUAAUGUGUCGUUAUGUGAAUAAUGCCGUUCCUGAGAACCCCAAGACCUCAGAGGGAGUGGAAUUUUUAAUAAAAACCAUACCUGAUCCAAGUCUGAAAGUAAGACUAAAAAUUUUCGAUACUGCAGGGCAUGAACGAUUCAAAGAUAUUUUGUUAAAUAAUUAUACAAGGGUUCAUGGGGCACUGCUGGUGUAUGAUAUUCACGAUCGGGAAAGCUACGAUGCGGCCAAAGAAUGGGCUGUGAAACUAAAAUUAAGAAGAGGCACGUGGAUGGUUCUUGGUUUGGUAGGCCACAAGGUGGAUGUGCCAAGAGGUAGGGCAGUAUCCACCAAAGAGGCGGAGCAGUAUUGCAAAGAAAAUGACCUACUCUUUUCGGAAACAUCGGCUAAGGAAGACAUCAACAUAAACAAAUGUUUUUUGGACAUGGGUUAG